AUGGAGGAGGUUCACCAGAAAUGCGAAGACCUUUUACUAUACUGCACGUUCAACAAUAAGAAAAAGAACUGCAACGAGAUUUUUAAUCUGAUAAAAACGACUGAAGGUCAUUGCUGUGCUUUCAACUAUGCUGCGCUUAAUGAUGGAAAUAUAGAUGAAAUUUCCUCUGAUGAAGACAUCGAAUACUACAUAGACCCAAGCAGUAACCUCAAAUCUAGUGGUAUAUUUGUCACUUCGGAGUCUGGCAGAGGAUCAGGUCUAAGUGUUGUUUUCACUGUAGAACCGAAUGAUUACCCUAAAUGGUCUUUGACACCAUACAAUGGAGCUAAGAUCCUUUUAAGCGAUCCAACCGACUACCCAGAAGUGACAGUUUUGUACAAAUACUUGGUGAUAGGACAGUCACUAGACAUCAAGGUGGAACUGAAGAUAUUUCAAAGUGACGAUUCCAUUCGUGUAAUACCGUUAAAGAAGAGGAAUUGUGUGUUCCACGGUGAAUUUUCUCUCCAACACACAGAUAGAUUUAGCAGCGAGACUUGUAAAACGGAAUGUAAAAUGAAGAAUUACGUAGAAAAGUGUGGAUGCGUUCCAUAUAAAUAUCCCAAAGAUAAGGCGUCACGAAUUUGCGAUUUUGAAGAUUUAAAGUGCUUAUACAAUUUGCGGGCUUAUACAAUAGAUUGGGAGACAGAAUGUACACCAGUAUGUUACAUAGAAUGUCAAGACAAGAGGUACAGCAUUACCAGUGACGUCAUGCCGUUACUACCUGAUUUUUAUCCAACGAAUGUAACAAACGGCCGUAACGUCAGUGAGCUGUCCGCUUUGCAAGUAUACUUCGCAAAAUCGACUUGCAAUUGUUUUAAUAACAUGCUUCUUAUUGACUUUAAUUACUUCAUCGCUACCUACGGCGGUGUUUUCUCGCUUAGCUUUGGUGUUUCAAUCUUAACAUUAUUUGAGGGGAUUUAUUUACUGAUGUCUUAUUUGAUACAAAUGUUCUGGAGUAAUGCGACAAGUACGAGUAAAUAA